AUUAAAAUAAUUUCAAACUGGAAUGUAAAUCAAAUAAUUACUAUUAAAUCUGUGCCCUUGAAAUUGAUGAAAUGAUGGAAAUAAUUAAACGAAUAGGAUAAAUUGACACAAGAAGAUAAAAUUGAUGAUAAUAAUCCCCACAACAAGAAAUGUUUGAGGAAGAAUAGGGAUAGAAGAACAGUUUCUGAAUUGGAAGCAAGUUAAUUUCACCUGUAGACAUCCUUAUCUGAGCAUAUAUUAACACAUUUAUCCUUUGUUAUUACCAAUCAGCUUGGUCGCAUCCGCAAAUGAAUAAAGUUUGGGUUGCCUUGAUUCUUGUACUUGUAUUUGCAGUAGCAUUAGCAGUUGCUUUGACACUGACAUUUGUGUACAAGGAAAAGAAAAAGGAGGAAGAAGAUGAAAAGAAGAAAGUGGUUUGGAAAUUCUAUUUGGAAGAACCUGAGUCUGGUUUGAAAUCAACAGAAUCCGUUCUCGAAUUUGAUCUCAAUUCAAAAACUAAACAAACUGUUGGGAAAUAUACAUUGACUCCAAAAGCCGUCAGCCAUACCUUCGAUGAAACUACGCUGAGUGGAUUUGCCUUCACAGUGGAACCCGAAAUGAGAGUUAAAAGGUUCUCAAGUGAAGGUAAAGAAGUUCGAUUACAAAAGGUACUCGUUUGCUCAGGUUUCACUGUCUUUGAUAAGGAAAAGAAACCUGAUUUCGUUACUUUAUAUCAUGAUGGAAAAUUUCACCACUACUCCACCAAGGCAGAACUAUUGUCCACAGAUUUAUUCCCCUUCGCAAAAGAGGAUAAAAAGAAAACUCCCGAAGAACUUGAUUUACCCAAAGGUAAAGAUGUAGAACCCACACCUGCACCUGAACCCACACCAGCUUCGGAGCCAACACCUGGUCCAAGUCCAUUAAAACCUAAGGGAGAUAAAGAACCUGCACCAACAACUCCCAAGGAACCUGUUCCCGUGACACCGAAACGUGAUGAAGAUGAAGAUGAUUAUAGUCCUGUUACACCCCGACCUCGAGAACCAGUGGAAGUUCUAGUUGAUUUGGGCCUUAGCUUUUUCGCUACUGAGAGUAAACCGUACACAUAUUCCGUUGGGGAAAAUGAAGUUAAAGUAACUGUAAACAAAAGAGUUGGUGAAUUUCCGUCUUUCACAUACGAACGUAAAGAUGGAAAUUCAUUCAAACCAGUCCUAUCAUAUGGUGGAACAAAUGCCAAUCUUUCAGAAGCUACUGUGAAAGCCCUUAGAGCAUUUUUAGAUAGGUCUAAUGUUCCAGUCCUCGUAACCUUCGAAGACGAUUCUGCAAAGAGAUUUUCUUAUGUACAUAAAGGUGAAAAUCAAUGGGAAUUGACUGCAAAACAUUUAACUGAGGACUUACUCGAACAUACUGCAGCAUUUUUAGACCGCUCAGUUCUUUUGGAUCUUUCAGUAAGUUCAGGAACAUAUGAUGGUGGAUCCCUUUCGAUUACUGUUGCAGGAACGACAUAUGUUGAGAAGAGGUAUGAAGGUUUCGUAUCAUUUACCCACCGAUUCCAUCCCGUUGGACAAAGUAGCUCAAAUGUCAGUUCUAGGGUUUACAAAUAUAAAUCUGGAGCUGCAGAUUUGGAAGGAUUACCACUUAAACCUGAAGUUAGUCAUGUCGUGGUUUAUUUCUCCAGGUUUGAUGAAAACUUCGCCAGACCACUCCUGGUAAAAGUUAUGGUUGGACGUGCCGUACUUGACUUUAUGUAUUUAUCAGAUAGGACAUAUUUCUUGGAAACUCGAGAAGAAAAUGUUUCAGAUGGACUGGAACUGCUGGAUUCUAGGUUUAAUCGUGUCGCGCAUGUCGACCCAACGAAGUUUGAAACAUAUAGACCAGAAACUCGCUUUACAAAGAAAACUUCUUUCAAUCAAGUUGAAGUAAAAUGCCAUGAACAUGAUCCAUCUCGUUAUUACACAAAAUGUGUUCACAAAUUACUAUUCAAACGUGGCCAUGUGCCUUUUUAUGUAGGGUCUGUUAGAAACUUUUCUCUGAAUUUGCCGGAAACCGAAGUAAGAAAAGUUGAAGCAUUUCACCUUCGCAAGGAAGGAGCUGCUCUUGUACUUAGACUCGUAGGAGAUCAUCGUACUGAUACUUUUGUACUACAUAAUGGAAGUUAUGAGAAAAAAGAGUUUGAAGAAACUGAGUUGUCCAGUGUAUUGAGAUUUGCUGCAUAUACCGAACACAACUACAUAAGUCUUAAUUUUACUAAUUAUAACCAGUCAUCUUACUAUUAUGAUGGAACCUUAACUAAACCGAAAUUCCCUGUAGAAAGAACCGUAGUUGUAAAAGCUACAGAGCACUCUCCACUGAAGCAUGUAAUGAAGGUAGAGCACACAUUAGAAAAACAACCUGGUAAAAGCCUUUCGUUUAACGUUUUUGAAACAAAUGGAUUCUUGGCCGAUUUGCCGGAUGAAAAGUUUAAAAGUGUGGAAGCAUUUUAUUCAUUAACAAAUGCCGGUCAUGUUGUUAUGGUUGUUUUCCGUGCAGAUGAUAAAAUCUGGUCCUAUAGCUGGACUGGGCGACAAUAUGUUUUAGACAAAAACUUAGGUGCAUACAAUGUAGUAACAAGACUUAGAACUGUGUUAUUUAAAGUUUAUCAAGUUCUUUAUCUAGAAAUGACACAUACAAAUGAAUACGAAUUAGUCUAUGUUGAUUCCGAAAAUAAACUUGAGAAAGUUGAAGUAAAGGUUCAAGAAGUAGGUAAUCUUACUAACGAAAUUGCGAGAUAUUCUCACACCCUGCCAAAAUGCUCCGAAAUAAGGUUAAAAGAUGAAAGCACUUUAUCAGUGAAACCCCAGGCAGGAUAUCAGUUUACCAGUGCGCUGGUUUAUCUCUAUGGUGAGAGUAACAAUUAUAAAACCCCUGUGUUUUUAACAUUAACUUCCAAUGAUGGUACAACUGUCUACUUUAAAUUAAAAGAAAACCAUAGAUGGGAAAGAUUCCGUGGAUAUGAUAUUAACAAACAUACAGAUGAUGUAUCAAAACUUGCCAAAAAGUCCUCAUGAAAUUGAUACUUCAUUUAAUUUUCAUUUAUCCAGAAUCAUUUGUCAUUUAAGAUUUUAUAAAGUAUUCUUUAUUAAAAUUUCAUAAAUCAAGUGUAAAAUGAAGUAGAGUUAGACACCAAGUUUCUAACUCAAUUAAUC